UACGCCAGAGGGCGCACUCAAAACUUUUUCCCAUCACUUCCGGAAAACGUCACUUCCUUUUCCGCCCAGCUUCGGCGUCUUCAACGCACGAGUGUCCAUUUUUCUAGUCCGAAUGCGGAUUUAUUUUCUAUCAAAGAGUAGCAAAUAACACUCACGUGGCGAUUAUGAAACCCAUUCUACUGCAGGGCCACGAGAGGUCCAUCACGCAAAUCAAGUACAACAGAGAAGGAGACCUGCUUUUCUCUGUGGCCAAAGACACAGUGGUAAAUGUGUGGUACUCUGUCAAUGGAGAGCGUCUGGGCACCUACAAUGGACACACGGGAGCUGUGUGGUGUGUUGACUGCGACUGGGACACUAAAAAUGUAUUGACGGGCUCAGCAGACAACAGCUGUCGACUGUGGGACUGUGAAACUGGUAAACAGUUGGCCCUGGUCAACACCAACUCCGCCGUCAGAACGUGCGGCUUCGACUUCAGCGGCAACAUCAUCAUGUUCUCCACAGACAAGCAGAUGGGCUACCAGUGCUUCCUCAACUUCUUUGACCUGAGGGAUCCGCAGCAAAUUGACGACGACCAGCCCUACUUGACGGUCCCGUGCAGCGAGCAGAAGAUCACCAGCGCCGUGUGGGGGCCGCUGGGUGAGUUUGUCAUCGCCGGCCACGACAACGGCGAGAUCAACCAGUUCAGCGCCAAGUCGGGGGAGGUCCUGAAGAAGGUGAAGGAGCACACCAAGCAGAUCAACGACAUCCAGUCGUCAGUGGACCUCACCAUGAUCAUCACCGCAUCCAAGGACAACACGGCCAAGCUCUUUGAUUCUUCCUCCCUGGACCACAUCAAGACCUUCAGGACGGAAAGACCCGUCAACUCUGCCUCCAUCUCCCCCAUUAUGGACCACGUGGUGAUGGGUGGAGGCCAGGAGGCCAUGGAGGUGACCACGACCUCCACCAGGAUCGGCAAGUUUGAGGCCAGGUUCUUCCACGCCGCCUACGAAGAGGAGUUUGGCAGGGUCAAAGGUCAUUUUGGACCCAUCAACUGUGUGGCCUUCCACCCCGACGGCAAGAGCUACAGCAGUGGAGGAGAGGAUGGCUACGUGAGGAUUCACUACUUUGACCCACCGUACUUUGACUUUGAGCUGGAGGCGUAAACGGCUGUGGAUCAGUAAGCCCGCUUUCCAGCCUAUUUCAUCUGUUUCAACAAAACGUUGCUGUAAUGACGCCAUUCCACCAACAUAAAAUCCACCUUAAAGUG